UCCUCGCCGCAGCCUUCAUACUUGCAGACGUACUUCUUCUGCUUCACGUGGACGCGCUCCAUGUGUCGAGCCCGGUUGGCGUUGGUGGUGAAGGUGUCGUGGCAGUCGGGUACGGUGCAGGGGAACGGGUGAUCGCCGCUGUGGACGAGCUUGUGUCGCUCCAGGUGGUAGACGGUGGAGAAGGCGCUGGCGCAGCCGCCAUGGUCGCACGCGUGCGGCCUCACCCCGGUGUGCUUACACAGAUGCGCGUCCAGCUUCCAUUGCUUGUUGUAAGCGGCCGGACAGUUGGGAAACGAGCAGAUAAAUCGCUUGUGUAGUUUGGUUUCCGGAUCCAUGAGAGACACACGAGAGGCCGGCGAUGUAGCUCCGUGUGCUACCAGCGUGUUCGCCGCUGUUUUUCUUCUACUAUUAAAUGGACGCCACCACAAUCCCCUCAAUGCGUGACACUGCCAUCUACUGUUUGAUGUCCACUUUCAUUUGUGUCCCUGAAUCCAACGAAGUCCGAACAAUUCCAACCCAUUCGGUGCAUAAAGUGCGUCUUCCCACAUUAUAUUUCGCUUCGAAUUAGUUUUUCAUUUACAUUCACGUUAGGAUUCGUCGAUGAAUUUUAUUUGGCUGUUUAUUUAAAGAGUUGACUGACACUUCAUUACCCAUGAUACCACUCUUCAGACGUCACUUCCGUAAACUUCCUGUCCCAGGACUAGCAAAGCUAGGUCAUGCCACCGAGGUUUACGCUGCAAAAAUAAAGAUAUUUGUGGAGGGACAACUGGCGUUGAAAUCUCAGCUUCAUCAUGGGUGAAAGAAAGGGAACUAAUAAAUACUACCCGCCAGAUUUUGAUCCUGCAAAGCAUGGAUCACUUAAUGGCUACCACAAAACUCAUGCCCUCCGUGAGAGGGCCAGAAAGCUGUCGCAGGGCAUCCUCAUCAUCAGGUUUGAGAUGCCGUACAACAUCUGGUGUGACGGCUGCAAAAAUCACAUUGGCAUGGGUGUCCGUUACAAUGCUGAGAAGAAAAAAGUGGGGAACUAUUUCACUACACCAAUCUACAGAUUUAGGAUGAAGUGCCACCUGUGUGUGAACUACAUUGAGAUGCAAACUGACCCCCAAAGCUGCGACUAUGUGAUUGUCAGCGGGGCCUCCAGAAAAGAGGAGCGCUGGAGCAUGGAGGAAAAUGAGCAGAUACUUACCACAGAGCGAGAGACAAAGGAGAAGUUGGAGACAGAUGCUAUGUUCAAAUUGGACCACGAAGGGACGGACAAGGAGAAGUUUAAAAAGUCUCUGCCCUCACUGAUCGAGAUUCAGGACUACCAGUCUCGCUGGAAGGACGACUUUCAGCUCAACAGCUCCCUUCGCAAGAAGUUCAGAGAAGAGAAAAAGGCGUUGGCUAAGCAGAAAGAGCAGGAUGACGCUGUGAGAACAAGGACAAAUCUGUCCAUUCCACUGCUGAAAGAGAAGGAAGAGGACAAGAAACUGGCUUCUCUGCUCACCUACCAGACACCUGAGUCUUAUGAAGACAGGAAACACAACAAACGAAUGGAGAUCUCCUCCCGUUCCUGGUUCAACUCUCCAGCAUCAACACCAGGGGGCGCUGCUGGAACUCUGCUCAACAAGCUGGGGCUGCAGGGGAAGGAAGUCGCCCUGGCAAAGGCCCUGGGGAACUCUCAGAGCCCCUUAAUCCGGCGACGAACUGCAGGGUCUGAAAUCAAAUCCAAACCCUGCGCCACAGUUGCUCGCAGAAAGUCGGACUCAGAAAUUAACAAUUGUGACGGACAGUUAUCGGAAGAAACACUAGAGGAGCCGGAGAGCAAAGAGAGAUGCACCACGACAAAAGAGGAUGAAGAAGGGGGGCAGGUCGAGGAGAAGGACCGAAGCUUUGCAUCGUCGUUGGUGCCGUGCUACAGCGACUCGGAUUCUGAUCACGGACAAUAAAGAUGAUGGUGAACUCUUCUGAAACAUCUACGGCACCUUUUUUUUGCGACACUUUUAAUAUCAUAGAUGGCUCUGGACCGACAGCUGAGUUGGUCAGUGUUUCUGUGGGUCCUCUGACUCAUCCUGUCCAAGCAUAAAGGCUUGAGACUGCAGUUCUUUUUAAGCUGUCGAAAGACUUUUUGAACGUCAGUGUACCGCCGUCGUGAGGAAAAUCUUCAGAUUACUAAUUAAAUCAGAUUCAUUCACCUUUUUUUCUGAUUUGCAAACAGGUUUCCACUGUUGUUGUGACAUUUCUGCCUCUUUAACUAUCUUAAAAUGGUGUGUCCAAAGUCCAGCAUGGGCCCAUUUUCACCCCUCGAUCUGAUCCCACACAGCGCGCUGACUGACGGUGUUAAAGUACACACUCUUCUCUGAACUUAAAGACACUUCCCGUCAGUCAGUUUCAAAAUGUCUUGACUAAUAUUUGAACCUGCUGUUCCCUCAAUAAAAGUGUUUCAACAAUCAAUCGUUCCU